CUGCAGGAUUAUUCGGGCGCUGCAAUCAGGUCAUACAUAUGUUUUCUGACAUCAGCAUCGAUUAUUUGGACCGAAAAUGAACGGCAAGAAGUGCAGUCAUUGGCUGAAAAAUAUGGACCCGCUGGAUUAGCUGAACUUUGUAAGAGCGGCACUGGAAUGCAAGCAUGUUGUGCGGAUAGAGAUCUACCAUCCAGCAAACUUCAUAAUCGAAGCAAAAGUAGUCCAGAAUUUUGUUUCAAAUCAAAUCCAUGCGGUUCUCCAUCGCCUUCCACAUUGUCCUUGCUGGAUAGAGCAGUGGCUAGUCAGGAAGACUGUUUUCGAACACCAGUUAAGAAGAAAGCACGGGUGGAAGCUACAAUACAACAACGAACUUCCAUUCCAAUAGCAACAACGAGUCGUAUAGAACAAAGGCUGAAAGAACUGGGAUCGAAUGUGAAAGUUUUGAAAACUAAGAAUAUCACACCGAUGCCAAAUUAUGAUUCGAUGAGUGAGAAACAGCUCAAGGUUGGUGGCAGAUAA